AAUCCAAUCCCCAAAUGCUUCUCCUCCUUCUCCUUCUGUCUUCAUCUGCAGCGGCAGCGCCACCGCAUCCCGGUGAUCUCCGCUUUCGUGAAGCCUCGCAAUUCUACAAUUCACCCGGUUGCCCCACUCCCGUCUCGUCUUCGCCGGAUUCUUCCUGCUCCCCGUCGGCCCUUGUUCACGUCGCCAUGACUCUCGACGUCGCCUAUCUACGAGGCUCCAUCGCUGCAAUCAACUCCGUCCUCCAACACUCAUCCUGCCCUCAGUCUGUCUAUUUCCAUUUCCUCGCCGCGAAAUCAAUUCCCUACCUCAACUCCACCAUCUCCUCCACUUUCCCCUUUCUAGCGUUUCUCAUCCACCCUUUCGACCCUUCACUCGUCUCCAACCUCAUCUCCACCUCAAUUCGCGCCGCACUAGAUCGGCCCCUCAACUAUGCCCGCUCCUACCUCGCGCAUCUUCUCCCCUCUUGCAUCUCCCGAGCCGUCUACCUCGAUUCAGACCUAAUCCUCGUCGAUGACAUCGCUGCCCUAUCUGCAACCCAUAUCCCUUCCCCUGCAGCCCUCGCAGCACCGGAAUACUGCAAUGCGAAUUUCACCUCCUAUUUCACCCCCACAUUUUGGGCGAAUCCAUCCCUCUCUAUUGUCUUCGAGGGUAGGAAUGCUUGCUAUUUUAAUACCGGCGUGAUGGUCAUGGAUCUGGAAAGGUGGAGGGAAGGGGGUUACACCGAGAAGAUUCAGGAGUGGAUGGAGUUGCAGAAGCGGAUGAGGAUCUAUGAGUUGGGAUCGUUGCCGCCGUUUCUUCUGGUUUUCGCCGGGAGAAUCGCGGCGGUGGAUCACCGGUGGAAUCAGCACGGUCUGGGAGGAGAUAAUUUUAGGGGAUUGUGCAGGGAUUUGCAUCCAGGGCCAGCUAGUUUGUUGCAUUGGAGUGGAAAGGGGAAGCCAUGGGCGCGGCUUGAUGCUGGAAGACCUUGUCCGUUGGAUGCUCUUUGGGCGACCUAUGAUCUUCUGGAACCUGUCGUCUCCAUUGGGGAUUCCUGAUGUGAAAAUUGGUCCCCAAUAAAAAGGGGCUGAUGGUGUUCGUGAUGAUGACGACGACGACGACGAUGAUGAUAAUGAUGAUGAUGAUGAUCUUAUUGACAUUAAGACAUAAGUGUCAAGGUCGAUAAUGUGCAUCGACCUAUUGAUGACACAAACACAUAUUAUUUGUAAAGCAUGUGAUGACCCUACUGACAUUAGCAAGAAUCAAUAUUGAUGUCGAUUAUAUGCAUUUACCUUGUAAGAGAUGAUGGAUAAUGAUAUUAUUAAGGAUGGUGAGCAGAAAAAUUAGCAAGCAUCAAUGUUGUUACAUGUUGUAAUAAUAGGUAUAGACCUUAUUAGCAAGCCAUACACCCACAUUGGCGUCAAUAGUCUAUAAUAGGCUUGUUCGUGAUAUUGAGUGUUGAUACUAUUGGCUAUAAUAAAUGUUAAAAUUGAUAUUAGUGUCGAUGAUAUGUAUAAAUUUUAUUGACAAUGACGGAUCUCUACAUUCAUGUAGAUAAUUGGCAUGUAAUGACAUGAGUUGGUGUGGAUAUUAAUUGUCUGCAUCA